AUGACAAUGUUUCUAUUUGUUUUAUCUUUAUUGAAUCAGUUUUCAAAAAAUCCAUGCAAUCGUCAAGCGACUGAUUCAUUAGUGAAAUCAGAUUAUAAAUGUAAUCGAAUUUUAUUAGAUCCGCUUUUUUUAGAACCAGACGAACCAACGCCAAAAUAUUUAGAUAAAUUGUUAAAAUCCGGAAAUGAUGAAAUAAAUCAUAAACAUGAAAAUAAGGAAUUAAAAAAUUCAUUCAAUUGUCAAAACACUGAUUCUUUAGUGAAAUCAGAUUAUAAAUUUAAUCCAAUUUUAUCACAUCCAUUAUUUUUAGAACUAGACGAACAAACCAAAAAAUAUUUAGAUGAAUUAUUAAAAUACGGAAAUAAUGAAUUAAAGGAAUCCAAAAAAACCAAUGAAAGAAAAUACAAGAAGAACGAAUAUCCAAAGGAUGAUCCAAAAACAAAACAAAAUAUACCGGAAGUAACAGAAAAAGUAAAUAAUGGAACAACAAAUUUAAAGAAAUAUAAAAGAGAAACAUAUGAUAAAGGAAAAGAAGAAAAAUCAAAAAGAUCUCGUUUUCUCAAAAAUACAAAAAUGCAAACAAAGAGUAAUAAUAAUUUUUAUCUAAAGGCAGAAAGGGAUUUUCAGAAUUCUUUAUAUAAAUCAAAUGAUAAAAAUGUUAAAUCUUGUGAAUUCGAAAACAAGAUGAAAUCAUCUGACAAAUCUUCUUCAUCAAAUGAAGCAGAUGAACCAAAUAAAAUGCAAGAAUCAAAUAUGAUAGAAGAACAAAAUAAAAUAAAAGAAUCAAAUAUGAUAGAAGAACAAAAUAAAAUAAAAGAAUCAAAUAUAAUAGAAGAACCAAAUAUAAUAGAAGAACCAAAUAUAAUAGAAGAAUCAAAUAUAAUAGAAGAAUCAAAUAAAAUAGAAGAAUCAAAUAAAAUAGAAGAACCAAAUAAAAUAGAAGAAUCAAAUAAAAUAGAAGAAUCAAAUAAAAUAGAAGAAUCAAAUAAAAUAGAGAAAGUAAAUCAAACAAAACCACCAUCAAGGAAUCAUCAGAUUCAAAUAAAUAAUACUAUUGAUAAAAUAAUUCAAAAUUCCGAUGGAGAUGAAAAACUUCAAAGACUUAAAAGUACAUCCUGGUUAAUAAAUAAUAUGAAAUCAUCUGAAGAAGUUAAACAGAGACUUAGAGGUCUUGCACAAUCAUACAUAUAUAACCCAGAUGAAUCAAAAAAAAGAAGAAUAAUUAAAGAAAUUUAUAAAUAUAGUAAAAAAGAAGAAAAUGAUGAUGUUAAAAAUAUGUUCUUAAAAAUACUUAAAUGUAGAGAUUUAAGUAACACAGAGCCUCGAGAGUAUCAUUUACCUUUAGAAGGAAUAUCUAGACCUUGUUGUCUUUUCGUAUAUUAA